GCCUAGCGCGCUUGAGAGUUGAAGACUUCUCGGCGAAAAGAAAACGCGCCUACUCCUACCUGUCUGAAACGAAAGUCUUCCCUGACCUGUUUAGUCGUUCAUUUUCACAACUUUCAUUUAGAUCUUGCCCUGCAAUUCCAACUUCUCACUUCUCUUGUUGCGCUGUUUUUCUGUUUCCUCAGAUCGGAUUCUGAAUUCGAUCAUUCCAGCUCCGCAAUGGCAAAGCCCAGGCACUCUCGCCUGACUCCUCGCAAAUCCUCUUCUUCCACGCUCAUCCUCUUCUUCACUUUUCUGCUCGCCUUUCUCCUCAUCCUUCUUGUAUCCCUGGGGAUCCUCUCUCUUCCCAGUAGCUCCCGUCUUGAUGCGCACGUGGCCAACGAUCUUAAUUCCAUUGUUCGGAGCACGCUUGAUAACAGAAGAGAGGGCAAAGAGAGGAGUGAGCAAUGGGUUGAACUAAUAUCAUGGGAGCCUAGAGCUUUUGUUUAUCAUAAUUUUUUGACAAAGGAGGAAUGUGAAUACCUAAUUAAUCUGGCCAAGCCUAGCAUGCAGAAGUCAACAGUUGUUGACAGCGAAACUGGAAAGAGUAAGGAUAGCAGAGUACGUACAAGUUCUGGAACUUUUCUACCCAGAGGACGUGAUAAGAUUGUGAGGAAUAUCGAGAAAAGGAUUUCUGAUUUUACUUUCAUACCUGUAGAGCAUGGCGAAGGACUUCAGGUUCUCCACUAUGAAGCCGGACAAAAGUAUGAGCCGCACUAUGACUACUUUCUUGAUGAGUUUAACACUAAAAAUGGUGGUCAGCGUAUAGCAACAGUACUUAUGUAUCUCACAGAUGUUGAAGAAGGGGGCGAGACAGUGUUCCCAGCUGCCAAGGGCAACUUUAGCUCUGUGCCAUGGUGGAAUGAUCUCUCUGAAUGUGGAAAAAAAGGACUUUCAAUUAAGCCAAAGAUGGGUGACGCUCUACUUUUCUGGAGCAUGAAGCCUGAUGCAACUUUAGAUCCCUCUAGUUUGCAUGGUGGUUGUCCCGUGAUUAAGGGUAAUAAAUGGUCAUGCACCAAGUGGAUGCGUGUCAGUGAAUACAAAAUUUGAAUACACAUUCCUAUAGGAUUUGAUGAAUGUGCCGAUUGAGUGAUCGAAAAGUUGAGCUAGAUGUCCGUGCAGUUAUGCGUAUGCGCCGGGUCUUGUGGUAAAUGUUGAGGAAUUGAUGCGGCAUUCUGUUAUUUCUCGAUGUUGACCGUUGCUCAUUUUUCCCGUAGCCCUUUUGCUUGUACGAUUAAUAACUGAUGCACAGAUUUAUAAUUUCAACCGUUAGGGAGGCUGAAGAAAAAGUAUGAAAGCACUAGGUGAAACUAGUAAUGCGAGCUUUUCCCGAAAGGCAUCCUUGCUAGAAAUUCUACUUCUAACGUCUUCUCCAUUGCCCAUUUACUCGUUUCGUUUCCAGUGUUCGCACUGCCGGGGCAAAGUUUAGGAUGGAUGUGCGUUGUUUCCAUAAAAACUCAAGGCCUUCAUUACAAAGGACUUCCUUCUCUGGUCCUUGGUAAUUGGUAUGAAAUUCUUAGUCUGAGGUAUUAAUUUGUCUA